CCCUCAAUAUCUGUGUGGUCCUUAACCAUAUGUCUGACACCAUAUACCCGUAAAUGAAAUGUGUUGAGUGUGUCGUUAGAUAAAACAUUUCCUACCUUACCUCCUAAACUGGCCUUGAGCAUGUUUAACACUGACUAUUUUAAUACUAUGUUUAAUGUCAUUAUUUUUCCAGUCUUCCAUGUUCAGACUUGCUGGUUUGAGUAGACGAUCCUACGACAUUUGUCUUUCCAUGAACAUUUUGCGAACAGUCACUUCGAAACAAGAAGUCUCGCCGGAACUGCGGAAGCUGACGUCACAAUGCGGGGACAGCGGUGAUGGGUCGAGUCGUGUGUCAUACUCCAAAGACGAACUCCGCCAGCGACUCACCCCGCUAGAGUACCAUUGUACUCAGGAGAAGGGAACGGAGAGGGCGUUUUCCGGCAAGUUUGCGUGUUUUGAGGAGGAGGGUGUGUUCAAGUGCAUCGUGUGUGGGAAUCCCAUCUUCUCGUCCGAUGCAAAAUACAACUCCCAGUCCGGCUGGCCAUCCUUCACCGACGUCAUAGACAAAGACCGCGUCAUUCUCAAGGACGACACGUCACAUGGUUUACAAAGAAUCGAGGUGAAGUGUUCAUCCUGCCGAUCACACUUGGGUCACCUCUUCGACGACGGCCCCAAACCGACCACUCUACGAUACUGCAUCAACUCCGCCUCCCUCCAGUUUAAGAAGGAGACCACUGUUUAAUAAUACACAUGCAGUCCUUGCAGUUGAGAAAAUUGCUUCGGCAUAAGUAGUUUACUUCAGGUAAAGUUCACAUUGCCUUGGUAUUUGUGUGUUAAUUACAAUGUAUCUGUACUAGUGCCAGUUCACUAAAGUUGUGCUGGCUAAAAAUGAUGAUAUUACAGGCAUCGAAAUAAAUAGAGAAUGGUUGUACAGGUUUCUAGGUUACCACAUGUGAAGAAAGUCAACAUGGUUCCUUCAUUUUCCACAGAAAUAUUUUUAACAAACAAAAACCACCACCUAAAUGGUGUACUGUUCAAAUAUAAAUUACACACACAAGUAUCAGUACAAUAACAAUGCUAUGAAUUAAUAACAAAUUGUCAGCAUGUUUGUGAAGGAAUUAUGAUGUGAAUCGUAAACUACAUGUGUCGUAGCCUGUAAUUUAUCGCAAUCUAUAUCAGGGUUACCAAGCAAUGGCUUAUUUUGAUGCCUGCGUUAAUUGAUUUUAGUUAAAUUUUACAUCAGCAUUGCUGAAUGUUGGUGAGAAUUGUGAGGGCUGCAGAUAUCUCUUAAAACAUGAGAGUCAUCUUGAAACAUCUAGAGUCAUCUUCAGAGUUCGCUUGAAACAUCUACAGAGUUAUCUUGAAAGAUCUACAUAGGCCAUUCAAAUAUUACGUAAUGCUAAUUUUGUCAACAUUAGACACCCUCCCUUUCCCCUGUAACGCUAGACUAUACCCCACAAAGCUAGACCAUACCCCACAAAAUAUUACACAGUGAUUGAAGACACCACACACAUACACACUCCCACUCACAAAUAAGUGAUUUAAUGGGUGUGCUUGUUUUCGAUUUGGGAAAGCGUAGAUAUGCAUUUCAGCUCUAUUUAUAAUUAUCAUUGUGUGGGUCUAGCUAUAACUACCUACGUUAAACUUGUCGCUGUAACAGAGCAUUUAUGGGAGAAGAAAAACCCAACAAAAUAUUUUAGUAAUUAAAAAAGUGUGACAUAACAAGUGCUAUUCAGUACACUUGGCCCCUGUAAUGCUACAUAAUAUUUGGACAUACACCCACUCACCCCCUCGAGCAUUACGUAAUAUUUGAACGGCCCCUACAGGUAUCUUGAAACAUCUACAGAGUUAGUUUGAAAUGUGUGCAGAGUUAUCUUCCAGUGUGUGAGUUUAACACAAAGUUUUUCUAGUUUAGAAUGGUGCUACUCAAUAUCCCUUCAUGUUGUGAUAUUCCUUACUAACGUAAUGUCGGUAAUUAACGUAAUGUCUGUAAUUUAUGAUUUGUACAAACUACAGUGUCUUUGUCUUCGGAAUCCUACAACAGGGAUACCCUACAAACAGACAACCAAUUUACAGCAAUGGUUUAUUGAUUAUGCCAGAUUUCAUGACUGAUGCACAAAUGAAAUGAUAAUUUAUGGAGGCCAGUUUUUCUAAGAUAUUUUAAGCAUUUGAUUUGUAACACAUUUUAAGGAUCUGGACUCAAUUUCACAAAACAUUGUAUUAAGCCUAGUUUUACAAGUAAACGUAAAUAUAUGACUAAACAAAAAUUCUUAUUACUGUUAUGGUACAACAAAUAUAGUUAGAAGUGCACAUAUUUCAUUUGUCCUUAGAAUGCUCCAUUUUUUGUAAUGAUGUGAUUUUCUUCAUAAAAUACACUUGUAAAUGUAUGCCUGGUAUAACUGCUAGUCGCAGAUCUAAACUUAUGAUGUUUUGUGAAAUUAUCCCCUGGACUGUUCUACGAAGCGAUCUUA